AUGGUGGCACUACAGAAAAAAUUCAAGAAGCAGAACGGCUCCGGCGAUGAUAUCUUCGCCCGCCUCUUCGCCGCCUCCUUGGAUCCCGACCUCGCCCCCCUCUCCCUCGAACCGCGGAUCCUCAAGUCCCGCCUCAUCACCGGCGAGACCCUCUACGGCCUCUUCCUCCUGUGCUCCUCCCCAACCCUCGCCGAGAUCGCUGGCCUCGCCGGCUACGACUACGUGGUCGUCGACAUGGAGCACGGCUCUGGCGGCAUCGCGGAGGCCCUCCCCUGCCUCCUCGCCCUCGCCGCCGCCCGCACCCCGGCCAUCCUCCGCCUUCCGGAGCUCUCCGCCGCCUGGGCCAAGAAGGCCCUUGAUCUCGACCCCCAGGGACUCAUGUUCCCCAUGAUCGAGUCCCCCGGCGCCGCCGAGCUCGCCGUCUCCUUCUGCCGUUUUCCGCCGCGCGGCGUCCGCGGAUCCGUCCACACAGUGGUGCGCGCCUCCGCCUACGGCAUCGACGACGGCUACCUGGCGCGGUUUACUCGUUCGAGACCUGCUUGA